AUGAUUAUAACCAUUUCUCAGUUGGGUCGCUUUGAUUCAACUUAUAACAAUUUUAAAGGAGAAAUAAAUGUUGAUUUUGGAAAACUCCGUCAUCUUUGGUGGCUAACUCUUGGUCCAACCGAGGGUCUUGGUGGCAUGAAAUAUUUUGAUUCUUUGUUGAAUUGCAGCAAUUUGGAACUAUUGGAACUUUCGGGGCUCCAACUAGAGAGGCGGAUACCUGAUUGGGUUGGGAACUUGACCAAAUUAAGAACAUUAAAAUUUCAAUAUUCCUCUAUUUCAGGCACCCUUCCUUCAUCUAUAGGAAACUUGCAUAGACUAACUGUACUUUCUUUAGGCGGAAACAACCUCACAGGCAUGAUUCCAGAAAGCAUCGGGAAGCUUAGCAACUUAGCGUACCUCAAUCUUGGUUUCAACACUUUUUCUGGGAUCAUUCCAAGAUCUAUAGGAAACCUUUCUUCUCUAAUCCAAGUUUCACUUAGAGAAAACAAAUUGGAGGGUACAAUACCCUCGAGUAUUGGAGCAUGCAAACAGUUGAUACUUCUAUCAUUUGCUUUAAACAACCUCAUAGGAACUAUACCAAAGGAAAUAUUCGAAUUGUCUUCACUUUCAAUAGCACUCGAUCUAAGUCGAAACAAUCUGUCAGGUGUGAUUCCACAAGGUAUUCAUCGCCUGAAAAACUUGGACUUACUUGAUUUGUCUAUGAAUCAUUUAUCGGGUGAAAUUCCUAGUAGUUUGAGCAGUUGCAUCAGCCUUCGAAUCCUAGACUUUUCAAGCAAUUCCUUUCAUGGAUUGAUUCGGGAAGAAUGGAGUUCUUUGAAAGGCCUCAUAUAUUUUAACCUAUCAAGCAAUAACUUUUCCGGACCUAUUCCAAGAUUUUUGGCGCAAAUUCCUUUAAGUUAUCUAGAUCUUUCAUAUAAUGAUUUUGAGGGAGAGGUAUAUGUUAAGGGUGUCUUCACAAACACAUCUGUAAUAUCAGUCCAAGGGAACCCUAGACUUUGCGGGGGAAUUGCUGAGCUUCGUCUACCCAAAUGCACAAGUAUCGAGUCCAAUAAGAAAAGCAAAAAGCUUUCUCUUGGUGGUAUUCUGGGAAUUUCACUAUCUUCUGUUGCUGCAUGUGUAGCUCUGGUGUUCUUUGUAUUGGUAUACUUUUGUGUAAAAAAGAAGAAAGACACACCAACAGAAUCAAUACAGAUCAUUGAAUCUUUUGAAAUGGUUUCAUAUGAAAGGAUUUUCAAUGCGACUGAUGGGUUUUCUUCACAAAAUCUUAUUGGUACAGGUAGCUUUGCUUCGGUUUACAAAGGAGUUCUAGAUGAAAAGAGUACGAAUGUGGCAAUCAAAGUACUAAACCUCCAAGAAAGAGGAGGUUCCAAGAGUUUUAUAGCCGAGUGUGAAGCCUUGAGAAAUAUUCGUCAUCGCAACCUGGUUAAGAUCAUAACUGCUUGCUCAAGCCUGGAUUUCAAAGGUAAUGAUUUCAAAGCUUUAGUCUAUGAUUUCAUGCCAAAUGGAAGUCUUGAGAGUUUGUUGCAUUCAUGCACGAAACUAGACCAUAUGCCUCCUCAUCAUUCAUGUAAACUAGAUCUCAUUCAAAGAAUAAGCAUUGCUAAAGAUGUGGCUUGUGCUCUUGAUUAUCUACACAACCAUUGUGGAAAUGUAGUUGUUCACUGUGAUUUGAAGCCAAGCAACAUUUUAUUAGAUGUUGAUAUGGUUGCUCAUAUUGGAGACUUUGGGCUGGCAAAAAUUCUUACACUUGAACAAAUUCCUAAUGCAAACAUGAGCAGUUCAAGUGUUAUGAGAGGAACUAUUGGGUAUGCAGCACCGGAAUAUGGACUUGGAAAUAAAGUAUCGACCGAGGGGGACAUCUAUAGCUAUGGGAUCCUAUUGUUAGAGAUGUUGACCGGAAAAAGACCUGUUGAUCUAAUAUUUCAACAAGGACAGAGCCUGCAUUCUUAUGCAAGGAAAGCUGUGGCGGAUGGUUUUGUGCUUCGUAUUGUGGAUCCCAUGCUUCUUAAUGAUGAUGUCAACCACACAUUUUUAAUUUCAUUAGUACAAAUCGGAGUGCAAUGUUCUUCUGAGUCUCCACAUGAUCGAAUGGAUAUUGGGAAUGUUAUUCAAGAGUUGCUUUCUAUGCUCGGUAAAGCUACUUCAAACUCCACAUACAAAUUUGGUGCGCGUGCCACCCAAGAAACUAUUGUGUGA